CGAGCCAAAGGGGAGAUGAGUUUGUCUGUCCUCGGCUGAGGCUCCGGCCGGGCCUAAGGAAGUGGGAGCACGGGUUGGAGCGACACCCGUGGAAGUGGGAGGAGGUGGCUCUGGGACUUUAACCCCUUGUGGGCUCUGCGGCAGGGGAUUUAACCCUUUGUGGAUCCGGCCCCUCGGAGUCAGCGUCAUCGGGUAGUUUUAACCCCUUCGGGGCUGGGUUUAGCCCGUUGGAUUUAACCUAAUCUCCUUGCCCACCAACUCCUUGAUCGCGGGGGCGCUCUGUGGGGAGGCUUGAGGCCCACCCCCUCUGCACAACACCUACUGUUCUGCUGCUGCUGCACCCCCUUGGACCCGCUAGCCGGCCGCGCUGUGGGCCCUUAACCCUUUACUGACUUGAGCGCCCCCAAAUUGCAACUGGAGUUUGCUGACAGAAAGAUUGGCUGAAGGCAUCACUGCAGGAAUUACAGACCGAAGAGGACUGUGCUGGACAUUUUCGAAAGAAAAGAAAACCCUUUUUUCCUUAAGGACUUACAGCCAAAAUUCUUCAAACUCCGAGAAGAGGAUUCUAUUAACAAUGGCCGAACCACUCUUGUCAGAGUAUCAGCACCAGCCUCAAACUAGCAACUGUACAGGUGCUGCUGCUGUCCAUGAAGAGCCGAACUCUGAACGCCCCCCAGGCGCGGAGGAGCGGGUGCCGGAGGAGGACAGUAGGUGGCAAUCGAGAGCGUCCCCCCAGUCGGGUGGCUCUCCGGGGCUGGGCGGGGAAGGGAGCGUGGAGCUCCAGCCGCCUCCCGUGCAGACCCAGGUCUGCCCAGAAUCCAGCUGUCCGGAAGCGGGUGAGAAGGGCCAGAAUGGGGACGACUUGUCCGCUGGCGGUGCCCCCCAGCCGCAGAGACAGCUGGGCAAGAAAAAACAUAGGAGACGCCCCUCCAAGAAGAAGCGGCAUUGGAAACCGUACUACACGCUGACCUGGGAGGAGAAGAAAAAGUUCGAUGAGAAACAGAGCCUGCGAGCUUCGAGGAUUCGAGCCGAGAUGUUCGCCAAGGGCCAGCCAGUGGCUCCCUAUAACACCACGCAGUUCCUCAUGGAUGAUCACGACCAGGAGGAGCCGGAUCUUAAAACCGGCCUCUAUCCCAAACGGGCCGCUGCCAAAUCUGACGACACCAGCGAUGAGGACUUUAUGGAAGAAGCGGGCGAGGAGGAUGGGGGCAGCGACGGGAUGGGAGGAGACGGCAGCGAGUUUCUGCAGCGGGACUUCUCGGAGACCUACGAGCGGUACCACGCGGAGAGCCUGCAGAACAUGAGCAAGCAGGAGCUCAUCAAAGAGUACCUGGAGCUGGAGAAGUGCCUCUCGCGCAUGGAGGACGAGAAUAACCGGCUGCGGCUGGAAAGCAAGCGGCUGGGCGGCGACGACGCGCGGGUCCGGGAGCUGGAGCUGGAGCUAGACCGGCUGCGCGCCGAGAACCUCCAGCUGCUGACGGAGAACGAACUGCACCGGCAGCAGGAGCGAGCACCGCUGUCCAAGUUUGGAGACUAGACUGAAACUUUUGGGGGGGGAGGGGGGCAAAGGGGACUUUUUACAGUGACGGAAUGUAACAUUAUAUACAUGUGUAUAUAAGACAGUGGACCUUUUUAUGACACAUAAUCAGAAAAGAAAUCCCCCCUGGCUUUGGUUGGUUUGGUAAAUUUAGCUAUGAUGUAGCUUGUGUACUUUCUCCUGUUCUUUAGUUAUGUGAAACUGAAGGGUUGCUUUUGUUGUUUUCCUUUAGGAGUUUUUUUCUUUUUUAAUGUGUAAUUUGACCAAGUUAUAAAGCAUUUUUCUGUUAAAAAUCCCCUCCUUAAAUGGAGCUAUAAGGUGGCCAAAUCUGAGAACCAUUAAAUUCGUUCUAGUUAUAAUAAAUUUAAUAUUUGUAAAUGUAA